GCAUCUAGCAACUCUGCCUCCGGGACCCGGGAGCCAGGCUGCUCGCCACGCAGUGUCGAUCUGCUAGUUAAUUCUUCGUACGGCAGUAGGUGACGCACGGAACAGAGAAGAAAAGUCAGGAAAACUAAAAUGGAUUUUACACUCCGUGUCAAUACUUACGAUCCUUCGAAAGAAGUGAUAAUAGUUGCUGAACUGAUCAAAUCUCAGAAGCAACAUAAUAUGACAAUAAUCUGGCAAAAAGAAUUGGCAGAACAAGGAAAGGCUGGUUUAUAUGAUAACAAAAGUAAUAAACUAUUAGCAAUACGUAAUAAUGAUAUUAUUCGUUAUCUAGCAAGGACAUUAGACUCAGAGCUUUAUGGUGGCGACCAAGCUCAAGAAAGAACAGAGGUUGACCAUUGGAUAUCAUUUUCAGUCGGACAACUGUCAGCAGAUAUAUUAGAUACAUCUAGUUUUGAGUAUCUGGAUUGUAUAUUACAGACACGGACAUGGCUUGUCGCCAAAAGGAUUACAUUAGCUGACAUUUAUGUGUUCUGUAUUAUAUUGAACAGAGAUCUUAUUAAGACAUAUGGUGGAAAAUAUCGCAAUAUUACCAGAUGGUAUGAACAGAUUUCAAUGCAUGAAGGUGUUCUAAUAGGACUGCAUCAAGUUGAAUUAAAUAGUACUGCACCAGCUAAGUCGAUAAGCGCAAGAAAACAGGAGGGUAAAUUUAUUGAUCUACCUGGAGCUAAAAUGGGCAAGGUAGUGGUGAGAUUUCCACCUGAGGCAAGUGGCUACUUGCACAUUGGUCAUGCUAAAGCAGCUCUCUUAAAUCAAUAUUACGCCGAAGCUUUCCAAGGACAACUCAUCAUGAGGUUCGACGACACUAAUCCGGCGAAAGAAACUGUGGAAUUUGAGCAUGCUAUAUUGGAAGACUUAAAAUUGUUGCGAAUCAAAUCCGAUCGAUUCACGCACACCUCGGAUUAUUUUGAUGUGAUAGAGAAGUAUUGUACCACCCUGAUCAAAAGUGGACACGCAUAUGUAGAUGACACCUCGGCGCAGCUUAUGAAAGAACAACGCGAACAAAAAAUGAAGUCCGACAAUCGAAAUAACUCCAUAGAGAAGAAUCUUGCAUUAUGGGACGAAAUGCGACGCGGCACCGUGAAGGGUCAAGAGUGCUGUGUCCGAGCGAAGAUUGAUUACGAGUCGGUGAAUGGAUGCAUGCGCGACCCGACAAUUUAUCGUUGCAAAUCUGAGCCGCAUCCACGUACUGGAGACAAAUACAAAGUAUAUCCCACGUAUGACUUCGCUUGUCCGAUCGUCGACUCCAUCGAAAACGUCACCCAUACGCUGCGAACAAUGGAGUAUCGCGACAGAGAUCCCCAGUUCUUCUGGAUAUUAGAAGCUCUAGGACUACGUAAACCAAAUAUCUGGGAGUAUUCACGUCUAAAUAUGACCCACACAGUUCUGUCCAAACGGAAGCUCACGUGGUUUGUGAACGAAGGCUUGGUGGACGGAUGGGAUGACCCGCGCUUCCCGACGGUCAGAGGUAUCCUGAGACGAGGGAUGACAGUGGAAGGUUUAAAACAAUUCAUUAUUGCACAAGGCAGCUCCAAAUCCGUAGUCUUUAUGCAAUGGGACAAGAUCUGGGCUUUCAACAAAAAGGUCAUCGAUCCAGUCGCUAUCCGGUACACUACAUUGGAUAACGAUAAAAUCGUGCCGGUUGAAGUGAUGGACGCCAAGGAGGAAUGGUUAACCGUGCAAAAUCAUCCCAAAGAUCCGUCUAAAGGUACUAAGCGAGUGCGAGUAGGUCCUAAAAUAUUCAUAGAAAAAGAUGAUGCCGAGAGUUUGAUCGAAGGUCAAAACACGACCUUCAUCAGCUGGGGUAAUCUGAUGAUAAAGCAGAUAGAAAAGAAGAACAGCACUGUCGUGAAUGUGAAGGCGUCGUUGAACCUGGACGACAAGAAUUAUAAGGACACUUUGAAGAUCACGUGGUUGGCCGCACCAUCGGCAGCUGAAUCCGAUCGGAAGGCGGAAGAGACUGACGCGAUAUCGUGUUAUGCUGUCUACUUCGAUCACAUCAUGAGCGUGCCAGUGUUGGGCAAAGAUGACGACUUUAAGAAUUUCGUGGCAAAGGAUACGAGGAAAGAGGUCGAGAUGUUAGGCGAAGUGGAGCUAAAGCGCGUCAAGAAAGGAGAGAUCAUCGAGCUCCGGAGGAAAGGCUUCUUCAUAUGCGACGUUCCUUACGCACCAAUCAGCCCCUACUCGUCGCGGGAACAAUCUGUCAUACUGUUCCAUAUACCCGACGGACGCAUGGCGCCGCCUUCUAAAGUUCCGGCUACAAAUACUACGGUAACCGUGCCAAAUACUGUGACUGCACUGAGCAUAAAUGCAUCGAACGACAAACGGGCGAAAGACGUGCACGUUAUUAACGAGAAAAUUAUCACUCAAGGAGAUAAAGUACGUCGCUUGAAAGUUGAGAAGGCGGACAAGGCUGUUAUCGAUGCUGAAGUUAAAGUUCUCUUGGCUUUGAAAGCGGAAUACAAAACCAGCACCGGGGAUGAUUGGAAACCUGGUAUUGUUCCCAAGGCACCGAAAACCGAGAACGAUGACAUGGCAGGACUAUCCAAGGAGAUUUCUGAGCAGAAGAAGAAGAUUAUUGAGUUACAGAAACAUAUGGACGAGGAGUUGAAGAAACUACAGAAACUAGAGGCCAAAUGUAACGAGAAAACUAACCAAGCAGAUCAGAAAUGCGAUCGCACGCAGAAGCGGCAAAACGAAAAGGGGAAGCAGACUAAGAGCGAUAAAGAGAAACCCGCUCAAAAUGCGAUUGCUAGCGGCAACGACACCAAAACAAAACGACAACAAAACGACGACAACAAGGAGAUCACGGAGAGAAUAUCUCAGGAAAUACAGAAACAAGGUGACAAAGUGCGGAGCUUAAAGAGCUCGAAGGCCGAGAAAAGUGUGAUCGAUCAGGAGGUGAAGGUUCUCUUAGCUCUGAAGAGCGACUACAAGGACACGACCGGUCAGGACUGGAAGCCCGCGAUGUCGUCGGACGCAACACCCAAGAAGAAGAAAAAAGAAGAGCAGCCCAAGACCGGCAAAACAGCGAAGAAAGAAGUUGCGAAGGAGAACUCGGAAGCCGUCAAGGACACGAAUAAGACUGGCACGAGGCUAGGACUGGAGGUGAAGAAGCUGGAGAAUUUCUCCGAGUGGUACUCUCAGGCCAUCACGAAGAGCGGUAUGAUCGAGUACUACGACGUGUCUGGAUGCUACAUCUUCCGUCCGUGGAGCUUCAUGAUGUGGAAGGUCAUAAAGGACUAUAUCGAUCGUGAGAUCACCGCACUCGGUGUGCAGGAGUGCUACUUCCCGAUCUUCGUGACUCGCGCCGUGCUGGAGAAAGAGAAAGCACACAUUGCCGAUUUCGCGCCGGAAGUCGCUUGGGUGACGAAAUGCGGUGACUCAGACUUGGCAGAGCCGGUGGCAAUACGGCCCACUUCCGAGACUGUCAUGUAUCCGGCUUAUGCCAAGUGGUUGAGAUCGGAUACCGAACUGCCGCUCAAGCUCAAUCAGUGGAACAACGUUGUGAGAUGGGAAUUCAAAGACCCCAAACCUUUUCUACGUACGCGAGAAUUUCUGUGGCAAGAAGGCCAUACCGCAUUCGCCACGAAGAAGGAGGCAGAAGAAGAAGUUCUGACCAUCUUGGAUUUAUACAGCAGAGUCUACGAGGAACUACUGGCAGUGCCUGUUAUCAAAGGUCGCAAGACCGAGAAGGAGAAGUUCGCCGGUGGCGAUUACACUACAACUGUGGAAGCCUUUAUCUCAGCGAGCGGACGAGCGAUACAGGGCGCAACUAGCCACCAUCUAGGCCAAAACUUCUCGAAGAUGUUCAACAUCCAGGUGGAAGGCGCCACAGAGAGCGAAGAGAAAACCUUCGUCUAUCAGAACUCGUGGGGUCUGACCACGCGAACGAUCGGAGUCAUGAUAAUGGUACACGGAGAUGAUAGGGGUUUAAUGGUGCCACCGAUGGUGGCGCCCAUCCAAGCCGUCCUUAUUCCAUGCGGCAUCGCCGCGAGCACGACGAUGGAGCAAAAAGAACGGCUUAACUACGAAUGCGAAAAACUGCGUACUGAAUUACUUGAAAUCGGUAAAUUCAGGAUGGGGGUAGACUACAGGAACAACCGAACGCCUGGCUGGAAAUUCAAUCACUGGGAACUGAAGGGCGUGCCUGUAAGAAUAGAAUUAGGCCCGGCGGAAGUGGAGAAGCAUCAGGUCACUUUUGUAUGCAGAGAUAACUUGGAGAGGCACACCGUGCCGAGAGAUCAAGUGAUUUCGGCAUUACACUCCUUGCUGAAGAAUAUACAAUCGAGAUUGCUCAGCAAAGCGAGGAAGGAUCUCGAUGCGCAUAUCAAGCAAGUGGAAACUUGGACCGAUUUCCGUCACCAACUCGACAACAACAAUUUGUUACUGUCACCCUUCUGUGGAGAGCAGUCAUGCGAGGAUAACAUCAAGGCUGAUAGCGCAAGAGAAGACAACAACGAGGAGACUGGGACGUUGUCAAUGGGCGCGAAGAGUCUCUGCAUACCAUUCGAACAACCGAAAUUGACAAAACCACUGAACGGGAUGAAAUGCAUUCAUAAUAGUUGCAAGAACAAGCCGAAGUUUUAUACUCUUUUCGGACGUAGCUAUUAAUUAAAACGUUGAUGAAAACGAAGCUCUAUUUUCAGUUUAUUUUGAUACGUGAGUAACAUGUAAAAUUUGUAAUCGUACGAUUCAAAGAUCAUAUUAAGAUUAUAGUCAUAUUCUUAAUUUCACCCAUUAUAUAUCAAUUGCGUUCUCUUUAAGUUGUAAUAAAUCACUCUAUAUUUCG